UCUGAGGUGCACUGAAUUAAUCAAAGAUCCCGUACGAUUAGCCGAAGGGGCGCGGCGGGGCGAGCCAGGCGCUAGGUGAGCCCUCUAAGGACGAACAACUAAAGCAACAGCGGGACAAGCUGAGGCAGUACCAGAAGAGGGUCACGCAGCAACUGGAGCAGGAGCGGGCUCUGGCCAGGCAGCUGUUGCGGGAUGGCAGGAAAGAACGGGCCAAGCUGCUGCUCAAGAAGAAGAGGUACCGGGAGCAGCUGCUUGACCGGACAGAGAACCAGAUCAGCAGCCUGGAAGCCAUGGUUCAGAGCAUCGAGUUCACGCAGAUUGAGAUGAAGGUGAUGGAAGGGCUUCAGGUGGGCAACGAGUGUCUGAAUAAGAUGCACCAGGUGAUGUCCAUAGAGGAGGUGGAGAGGAUCCUGGACGAGACCCACGAGGCAGUGGAGUACCAGCGGCAAAUCGAUGAGCUGCUGGCAGAAAGCUUCACCCAGGAGGAUGAGGAAGCCAUCCUGGAAGAGCUGAAUGCAAUCACUCAGGAACAAAUCGAGUUACCAGAGGUUCCUUCAGAGCCCCUUCCUGACAGAAACCCAGAAGCCCCUGCCAAGGCCAGAUCCAGGCAGGCCGAGCUAGUGGCAGCUUCGUAACUUGGACUCUCCAGGGACUCGCAGGGAUUCUCUGAGAACUGACCCACAGAGUGUUUGGCUGCGUGUCAACCCUGAGGGCUCCCAGGAGGCCUGAAGGGCUGCGCUGGCCAGUGUGGGUGCUGGUGGCUGGAGCCGCGGCUCACAGGGGCCUGACAUCAGGGCCCCACAACGCGCCUUGGAUGCACCGUUGUCUUGCUCUCACCCUGGAUUGAGUGGACACUCAAAGCCCAGCCAGGCCUGGCCACAGGCUGCUGUGGUCCCCACGGUGGCCACAGCCCAUACUCCUGGUGCUGUUCUCAUGGCUGACCCAGUCCGUGUGACCUGCACUGUUUUGUGGGGAAGUGCCUCAGACCUUGGGGUCCCUAUGCUUCCUUCUCUUGUCUCUGCUGCCCUCAUGAGCUGAGGGGGGCUUCAGUUAAGGGGUUCUUACUGUGCCUGGCCUCCUGCUAUCCCUCAGUUUCUCUGCAGGCUAGUGGCAGAAACCCUAGGGUACUGCUGCUCUCCAAAUCUCUUGGAGCAUCUUUGGCACCUCAAGUCUUGAACCUUUUAUGUUUGGGGGAGGUGGACCAGGGGCCAUUCUGCUGAAUGGACAAAUCUAGGAGCCUGACUUGGGGUCUUCACAAAAGAAAGACAUCUUGAAGUUGGUGACAAGACCCUGUUCCAAUGGGUGUGUACCCCCAUGGAGUCCUGGACACAGCUAUCAGUCCCUAAGCCACCAACACCCAAGAGGUGCAGAGCUUGGAAGUGACUUCCAGGGUCCUGUGCUCAUUUGAUACUGGACAGUCUCUGACUCUCGGGUCUUUGAGGAACACAAGGCCUGACAUGCCUUCAGGGCCCACCAAGAAAGGACAUCUCUUCCUUCACCCAAAACAGGUCAACCCCAAUAUUAAAGUUGGCCCUGCAUGGUCUCCUGCCUCUUGGA